GAGAUAACGUGUUUGCCGACGGCGUCAACUGUGGACGAGUGGCAGACUGCGGAAAAGCAACUCACGACGUUGACGUUAACGGAGGAAGCGGCUGACUGCGUUCAGACGUCACCGACGUAUUACGAGUUUAACGUCAAAUACGAGCCCACCACAUAAGCUAUCUAAACAUAUGGGUGAUCUACUACGUCAGCGAGGCGGUGGCGGGGCGGUCGCUUAGCUACGACACGAACCCCUCCUAUAACCUGCACAUUCAGUGCAGCGACGCCGCGGGGGUCAAAGGGGCGGAGAAGAUUUUCACCGUCCAUAUUAACGAUAACAAAGCGCCGACGAUCGACAACCUUAGCAGGUCGCCUAUUACAAAACUAAGCCUCGUCGCAAAAGACUUCAGCGCUACCGACACCGUGUUUACCGCUACCGGAAGUGACGUGGAAAACGAUAACGUCAUCUACGGUAUGCUGUCCUGUACCCCGAAUGCCACGUGUCCAUUCAUCAUGUCUCCGAAUGGAGACAUAGUAACGAAUGCGGAUCUUCAUUCGUACCCUAACAACUCGUUCCAACUCUCGGUUGUGGCAACAGACAAGUAUAGCAAGAAUCCGACUCCGUACACCGUCAUUGUGGAAAUAACUGCGGGCGAAAUUCGCGCCAAGUCCGUGAUUAAUUUCGAAAAGGUCAACAAACUCUCGUACGAGGUCGUGAUUCACGCCUACGACGGCUACGACAAUUCCACGACCGAGACUUUGACGCUGCUCAUCAGUGACGUCAACGAGAAACCAAAAUUCACAACAACGACUUGGACGAUCACGAAAAACGACGAAGGCUGGCCCGGAGAGCAGAUCAGCUGUCCGGACUUUAAGAACGACAUCGAGGACGAAGAUGUGGGCGACGUCAACACGUACAAGAUGUCGUGCCCCCGGGGCCUUGGCGUCUUCGUCAUGGAUCCCCUCACCGGAUGCGUUACCAUGACCAAGGAGUGGGACCUGGACGCGGCCAACAAGCGUCUGGGGGAGGAGACUAUUGUGGAGGUCGACGAGCGUCAGGCGGUCUACCGCAAGCCCCCCACCCCUUCAACAUCAACGCCUCCGCCACCUCCACCACUGCCACCGACAGAAAAAGGGACAAUCGCUCCGUGCGAGCUUCCUAUCGUCCACCAAAAAAAAGAGUCUGACAGAAAAGAAACGGGAGGGGGGCCUCCAGCUGUAUUAACCACGGUGGAAGACCUGGUCAUAGAUGGCAUCCGCGACAAGCCACAGCUGAUUGGCAUUCCGGGUGGCAUUGAUUCAGGCGUGGCUGAUGUUGCUGAGAUGGCAGACACUGAUGAAGUCUCAGCCAAGUGUACAAUAACUGUUGCUGAGUGUACAUCAAAGCCUGCAACUGCCUCGAAUGUAGCCACUUCUUCAACAUCAAGACCAUCAAAAGAUAUAUUUCAAUAUGUCAAUAUUUUAAGACCAAAAAUCAUCUUUUGA